AGCGCACAAUGCUCUCUCUCUCUCUCUCUGUCUCUCAGACUCUGUACGGCUUUUCUCUGACGCGCUUUCUGCGUCAAUUCUCUUGGAAGAUCGUUUAGAUCCAAGAGAGAAUUCUCCGAGAGAUUGAGAGACGCGAGAGAAAUUCUUCGAAUUCUCUUUGAAGAUCGAUCGAUAGAGAUAUGCAAACCAUCUCAAAAGCUUCUUCUGCUAUCUCCUUCUUUCGAUGUUCUAGGAAGCUAUCAAGCCAGCCAUGUGUGAGACAGCUUAACCUCAGAAAGGGUCUUGUGUGCAGAGUGAUGAAGCUGGUCUCUUCACCUCUUAGGACUUUGCGUGGUGCUGGUAAAUCUAUCCGAGUGUCAAAAUUCUGCAGUGUCUCCAAUGUCUCCUCACUGCAAAUUGAACUGGUGCCUUGUCUUAAGGACAACUAUGCUUAUAUCUUGCAUGACGAGGAUACUGGUACAGUUGGGGUGGUUGACCCUUCUGAAGCUGAACCUGUUAUCGAUUCGUUGAAGAGGAGUGGUCGAAAUCUUACUUAUAUAUUGAAUACGCAUCAUCAUUAUGAUCACACUGGUGGGAAUUUGGAAUUAAAAGACAGGUACGGGGCCAAGGUGAUUGGCUCAGCUAUGGAUAAAGACCGGAUUCCUGGAAUUGAUAUAGCCUUGAAGGAUGGUGACAAAUGGAUGUUUGCUGGCCAUGAAGUCCAUGUUAUGGAUACUCCUGGCCACACAAAAGGCCAUAUCAGCUUAUACUUUCCAGGAUCACGAGCUAUCUUCACCGGGGACACUUUGUUUAGCUUAUCAUGUGGUAAACUCUUUGAAGGUACUCCUAAGCAGAUGCUUGCUUCUCUCCAAAAGAUCAUCUCUUUACCAGAUGACACCAGCAUAUACUGUGGUCAUGAAUAUACACUGAGUAAUUCCAAGUUUGCGUUGUCUCUAGAGCCAAACAACGAAAUACUCCAGUCUUAUGCAGCUCAUGUUGCAGAGCUCCGUAGCAAGAAAUUACCUACGAUUCCGACAACACUAAAGAUGGAGAAAGCUUGUAACCCCUUCCUCCGCAGUUCAAAUACAGAUAUUCGUCGGGCUUUACGCAUUCCAGAGACCGCAGAUGAAGCAGAAGCUUUAGGUAUCAUCCGAAAAGCAAAGGAUGAUUUCUAACCUAUAAGCUUAGGCUUUUUCUGAGGUAAACCUUUGGUUUGCAUUUGUAGUCCACAAAUGAGUGUGCACCCUUUGACUUGGACCUUUUAAAAAAAAAAGUACAAAAAACAAAACCAAAGAAAAAAGGUUUUUCUUAUUAACUUUUGUUGUAAAACUUCUAAUUUUUCUACUCAAAUUUUAAACAAGUUGUGUUCAACACCGCAGUUAGAUUUCGGCUGAAUUCAAGGAAUUACCAAACUCGUACUUCGAUCGUUAUUGUUAUAAGAAAUUUAGGUGGAGUGUA